UUUCCCUCCUUUCACUUGGACUGUGGGAGAGAGUGGAGUCGCUACAAAGGGCGGAGAAGCCUAGCCAGUAGGAGCCAGCUACUAGGGUUUUACGGGCGUUCCCGAAAUGGCGGCAAUGGCGGCGGCGCCGGCUUCCUCCUCCCUCCUCUCUUCCAAUCCCCUUGCGGCCGUCUCCUCCAACAAGCUCUUUCCUCAGCGCUCCGUCAUCCCUCAGGGUUUCCAUGGCCUUCGCAAGGCCGUCGACCUACGUUCCAAGACCGUCAGGUCCCGCUUUCCUGUCUCGACAUCUUCGCGGAGAAGCUUCUCGGUGAAGGCUAGCCAGGCUCCACUAGUUGGAAACAAAGCACCAGAUUUUGAAGCUGAGGCUGUCUUUGACCAGGAGUUUAUCAAUGUGAAGCUUUCUGAGUACAUUGGGAAGAAGUAUGUCAUCCUUUUCUUCUAUCCAUUGGACUUCACAUUUGUAUGCCCGACAGAAAUUACUGCAUUCAGUGACCGGUACUCUGAAUUUGAGAAGUUAAACACAGAAGUACUGGGUGUUUCAGUUGACAGCGUGUUUUCCCAUCUUGCAUGGAUUCAGACUGACAGAAAGUCAGGCGGUCUUGGUGAUCUGAAAUAUCCUCUUAUCUCUGAUGUAACUAAAUCGAUUUCAGAGUCCUACGGGGUUCUAAUCCGAGAUCAGGGCAUUGCUCUGAGGGGGCUCUUUAUCAUUGACAAGGAGGGUGUUAUUCAGCACUCAACAAUAAACAAUCUUGCUAUUGGUCGAAGUGUUGACGAGACACUGAGGACACUGCAGGCGCUGCAAUAUGUCCAAGACAAUCCUGAUGAGGUCUGCCCAGCUGGGUGGAAGCCUGGAGAGAAAUCUAUGAAGCCAGACCCGAAGCUCAGUAAGGAAUAUUUUGCAGCAAUUUAAUGUCACUUUGGUAAAGUUCCAUCUUGAAGUCCCCGAGGAAUUUUGUUGUCUUCCAGUUCGUUUGUCAAUAGGGAAUGGCUGUCACGAAAUCCCCAGGCUGUUAGAUGUAAUAACUUUGAUAGCUGGUGAACACUUUGGGCUAUUAAGCAUCGGCAUUUCAAUUCUCUUUACUCUGGAAGAAGAAUUUUGUUA